GUAGCACGCAUUAAGUUUUGAGCAACGUGCGGUAAAUAUCAGUAUUGUUUGUAUUCUGUUUAAGCUUGUCUAUACAGCUGCAACAAUAAUCUUGUUUGUUUAUGUUUAUUUUGAUACAGACUGUCCUACUUUAAUCAAGUUUUAGAACUUCGACUCCUUAUUUUAUCUCUGUGGUUAGAUGUGCGCGUCCGGACGCUAACCAUAACAUUAGCCUUAUUGAUGCUAACUUUAAAAAACUGUUCGUAGCUAAAGGCAGUGACGCUUUAAUUAGGGCCACAUCUGGAUACCGACACAGUUCGUGUCAUCACAUGUGGACCCUGGUUGGAGCUUCUUGAAAACCAUGUCUGCACAGACCGGAGUGAAGCCCCCCCUGCGCUUCGGUCAGGUGGUUAUCGGACCCCCAGGCUCAGGUAAAACCACUUACUGCCGAGGGAUGCAGCAGUUCCUGACUAGUCUGGGACGCAAAGUGGUCGUGGUGAACAUGGACCCAGCCAACGAGGGAAUCCCGUACUCCUGCGCGGUGGACAUCUCCGAGCUGGUUACCCUGGAUGAUGUUAUGGAGAACCUGAAGCUCGGACCCAACGGUGGACUUCUGUACUGCAUGGAGUACGUGGAGGCCAACCUGGACUGGCUGGAGAGCAAGCUGACGCAACAACACACUGACUCUUACUUCCUGUUUGACUGUCCCGGACAGGUGGAGCUCUACACCCACCAGAGUUCAGUGAAGAACAUAUUCUCACAGCUGAGCWGGUGGAAUUUCAGGCUGACGGCGGUGCACCUGGUGGACUCCCAUUACUGCGCCGAUCCAGCCAAGUUCAUCUCUGUUCUGUGCACGUCCCUGUCCACCAUGCUGCACGUGGAGCUCCCCCACGUCAACAUCCUCUCCAAGAUGGAUCUGAUCGAGCAGUAUGGAAAACUAGCUUUUAACCUGGAUUUCUACACGGAGGUUUUGGACCUGACCUAUCUUCUCGAUCACCUGGCUGCAGAUCCCUUCUUUAAGAAAUUCCACCGRCUGAAUGAAAAGUUGGCAGAAGUUGUACAAGAUUAUAGCCUCGUCUCGUUUGUGCCUCUUAAUGUUCAGGACAAAGAGAGCAUGAUUCAGGUCCUCCGAGCCGUGGACAAGGCCAACGGCUACUGCUUCYGAGACGGGGAGGAGAGAAAUCUGCAGGCGAUGAUGUCAGCCGCCGUGGGGGCCGACUUCCAGUUCAGCUCGACUCUCGGGGUGCAGGAGAGGUAUGUUGAAGCUGGGGUGAAGACUUUGGAGGAGGAAAUGAUGGACCUGUAAGAUGAAAGACACCAGKGUUCCUGUUCUGACCCGGUUGUCCAGAAUUUAUAGCCUCGCCUGCAGAAAGAGCUGGAAGGACAGGAGCAGAGUGUGAGAUUGUCUCAGAGGAACAACGAUGAGCAAGUCUGUCAACUAUUAACGUGUGUGUUUUUAUACUGCAAGAAAUGUAAAUAAUGCCAGUGCUUAUUUUUUUUCAAAAUAAAUUUUAAAAAGUG